AUGACCGCACCGUACACCUUGACGGCGUUCGAUGAAGAUCUUCCGGUCCUCUUCCACCAUGAUCUCUACGCGGGAAUAGACCCGAACAAAUUCAGAGGUUCUGCUUUCGGCAAGGUCGUCUUCAUUACUGGAGCAUCUCGUGGGAUCGGCGAAGCCACAGCGAUCGCCUUUGCUGAGGCUGGGGCUAGCAUAUUCUUAGUCUCGCGCAAACUAAGUACUCUCGAGUCAGUCAAAGCCAGCAUCUUAGCGGUCUCGCCUGCGACAGCAGUGGGGAUCCAGCCGGCCGAUGUCACCGUGCCAGAGGAAGUUCACACAGCUGUUCUUUCAUGUAUCGCACAAUUCGGGAAGAUGGAUAUUGCUAUCGCCAAUGCCGGCGCAUCAGAAAAACUUGGCACUUCUCUCAUUGAUAUUGAUCCUAACGAGUGGUGGCGGAUAUGGGAGGUGAAUGUCCGGGGAACCUUCAAUACUGCCCACUACACUGUGCCCUACCUCAAAGAAAGGGCAGGAUGCUUGUUAAUAACAACCAGCCGAGCGGCCCAAAAGCGCCGCGCGGGAACUUCUGCCUAUGGCACUUCAAAGCAUGCCAUCAACCGCCUCACAGAAUUCAUUGCUCUCGAAAACGAAAAGGAUGGGGUUAAAGUGUUUGCCGUGCAUCCCGGCUCUGUGAAAACUGACAUGUCCAUCAAUGAUGGUGGACCGAUGAUAGCUGAUCUCCUGAUUGACGACGUGAAGCUGCCCGCUUGGACAAUGGUUCGGUUAGCGUCGGGUUCUGACAACUAUCUCUCCGGUCGAUACGUAUCCGCCUAUUGGGAUCUGGACCAGGUCGCAGCGCUGUACAAGGCGCGCAUUUUGAAAGAUGAUGCGUUAAAAAACAGGCUGUCCCUUCCCAUCUAA